GAUGUGAUAUUUGAAAUAACAGUUGUUGGAUGAGAGAAUUCCGCGAAAUGUAAUAGGUUCUUUCUGUAACAAGACGCCCCAUACUUGCAGGGAGGAAGCUUGGACAUAUCGGCUGUUAAAACGUCAGACGCCUUCGACCGACUGCUUCCUGCCACAGCUCCAUCGUCUUUUGAGUUGUGAUUGAAUUCUUUAAAAUGCUGUGGAUUCUUACGAUAGCAUCUGGCACCAUACGGGCAAACAGAGAUAUUAUGAUGCAACGAAUUUUGGUCACAAGGACCGACGCCCACAAACAGUAAUCCACACAAAAAACGUAUGAGAGGGAAAGAUGACGGCUGCCCGUGUGGAUGGUACAGAUUCAAAACUUCAUGCUUUUUAUUUGCUGAUGUAAAUUUGACGUGGGAGGAUUCUAGGGUUUAUUGUCAGUUACAUUACGGCCAUCUGGCAGAGGUCGACACAGAAGCGGAGGAUGCAUUCAUUCGAAGUGUUGUUCUCACUAUUCCAGAUCUUGACAGAGUCUGGUUAGGCGGGUCUGACCUAAUUAAAGAGGAUGAAUGGAUAUGGAAUACUUCUGGUCUGGUUAUUUCCAGCUACUCUAACUGGGAUGAUGGACAGCCGGAUAAUAGUGGCGACCAAGGAUCAGCUGAUUGUCUCUGUAUGAGACAGUGGGCUGAUUUUUUAUGGACCGAUACCGAGUGUACAGCGGCCGGCAUGCCCAUCUGCGAGACACGUUAUCACAAAAGGAUAUAGACGUUUUGAGUAGCACUUUUAAAAGAAAUAAAGUAAAUCCAAAUGUUUACCGGAUCUGAAAUAAACCUGCAAAAGCCAAAUCCAAUUUAAUAAUUUAUUGACAAUGAUGUUCAGAUAAGUAAGACGAUGCAAAUUAUUAUUUUACAAAAUAUGACAUGUUACACAUAAGACUUCAAUGAUAAUUAUAUAAGUAUUGCCAUAUCAAGAAAAUGAGUGCAAUAGAAUGAACAACUGUUUAUU